AUGCCCGGUGUCGUUAUGGCCAAUGUCAACAAAGAGGGAUCCAUCCGGCGGCCAGGCUUGGAUGGGAUCAGCAACGGCAUAUCGAACAAUUUUGAGAACUCCGAUAAAAGUAUUCAAGGAUCUGGUAUGAACGGCUCCGCACACACAAAUGGCGCAUCGCAACAUACACCGAAUGCUAUUGCCAAGGUCGGAGACAUCGUGCCAGCGGCCCCCUUUGAACUACCUCAUAUCACCCAAGGAUUCUUUCCAUUCGGUACACUAGUCAACCGCUCAGUGCAGCAAUGCUGGAUUGAACUGUCCGAAGUGAUCACAGAGCUGGCUGCCAUAGAUGUGCCGCCAGCCAAUGGAAAACCCGGCGGAAACCAAUCAGCUGAAAACCUACGCAAGAAAUCACGACUCUUAGAAUUUGCUCAUGACAAGAGGGCUGAAUUCAUCAAACUCCUAGUUCUAUCGCAAUGGAGUCGACAAGCUGCCGAUGUGAGCAGGCUUAUCGAUAUUCAGAACUUCAUUCGCACACGGCAUCAAGCAUAUGAUUCAGCUCUCCAGUUUGUGGGUGAAGUGAAAAGAGAUCUCGUUCGAGCACAAGUCGCCAACCCAGAUUUGAAAACAGCCCUGGAGGUUCUUUCAAAGGGACGAGUAUCUUCUUUGCCAGAUCUCGGCUACAAACCUCCCAAACCACUCACAGCACGGUCCACCCUCAAGAAGCUGCUGAAACUUAACAAAAUCAUCAGCGUGAGACUGACUUUGCACGACUCCGUGCCAUUCGCCCUGCGCAAUUAUCGGGUCCACGAUGGCCGGGUCACUUUCACAGUUCCUGGUGAAUUUGAACUUGACCUUUCAGUUGCAGAAGAGUCGGAGACAUCACAAUUCUUUUUCGUGGAUAUUCGUUUCCUCUUUUCGCCAUCAUCGCCCAUCCCGAAAGGUCGUAUUUUCAAUGAACUAGACGGCAGGAUCAACGAAAUCCUUCGGGAUGAUGGCCUGAUGGGCUGUUUCAAUUUCCUUCACGGCUUGGUUCUCACGAACAAGAUCAACAUUCUCUUCAGACAAGCCAUAGAACUUACUCGAGGUGUUUGGGCGGACAGCUUACACAUUGAACUUCUACACCGAACACUGGUUGUUCAGUAUUGGCCGCAAAGAUCAGGUCUCAAAAGCUGGCUUGAGAUUGGAGUCAAAAGUGGCAACCAGGCUGCGAGUUCCACCACAUCCAAGCCCGGGGUUUCUCAUUUAGGUCUCCGAUGGACGCGCGACGGUCAGCAAGUCAGCAGUGAUCCCAUCAAGUUUGACACCAAUAACCUCUCCAUGGAGCAUAUUCUCAGAAGCGUCAUCGCACUACACACCUCACAACUUAUAUCCGCCGCAUUCAACACCCUCAAAAAGCACCUUCUUUUCGCCCACCACAAAUUAUCACUCAAGGCCCAACUAUCAUCCAUGGAACCUGGAGAUUGCCGACUCGAUGUCCAACUCACUGCCUCACGCUCUCUUCGGGUCUCAAUAGAACCAAUGUCAGGUUCUAUCGUUUUCUGCGGGGCACCAAAUAUGUUGGACCGUUUGGAUGGCGACCGAGCUGUUUACAAGUCAUCGAUAGAAGAGAUCUUAUCUCGCAUCGCUAAACUGCGUUGUCUGACCGCAGUGAACGAAAUCGAAACUGGAACCAAAGCCCUUGGUCUUGAGUCUGUGAACCCGAAUGUACUUGGGCUCGAAUCCCGAAAAUUAUUCCCCCCAGGCGUUAUGCGCACCGCCUUCUUCACUCAUCGACUUUGGAAUCGACAAUGGGUGGCUGCUGCGACAAGCAGCAUGGACGGUGACCGUUGGUGGCUCGUUCAACUUCGACCUGCCGGUGCAAAGAAAGUUCCGCAAUUUCCUAUAAUUCACGAUGCCACGAGCCUUCCGCGAGCCCACGCUGUUAGUGAAACUCUCCUUCCACCGAAGAAUGGAUUCAAUUUCUCAGAAUAUGCGGAACUCGUUGAUGGUCUCACUGGAAUGCUGGCGAUUCAUGCCAAUGCACGUUAUCUGAGCGACUUGCGAGGUAUGCAUUACUGGCCAUCAUUGAAGGAGUUACAGUUGGGCGCGGACCUGACCGUCCCGGAUAUCCUUUUCAACUAUAACUCAUCAACAUUGCCGGUUGCGCUACGAAUGACUCUGCCUUUCAAUGUGAGCAAACAGGCAUCGUUCAAGGAGAUGAUUCGACUUUCGUUCCAUGGAAUCGACACCAAGAGCAGCUCGGUCGUGAUCGUUGCACGUGGCACAUUCCAUCGGCGCAUUCAAAGCUUGAGCAGCCUUGUUUCUCAAGUGGAUCCUUCAUUGAUCAUUGAGGACAAGGGUGCCGGUUUUGCGCUUCGCUUGUUGGUACCAGCCGGACAGUCUGUGAUUGCUUUCUUUUUCGAACGACUGCAACGACUCGAGUGUGUGAUUGCCAUCCUCUACUCUCUCAUAAAGAAGGGAUUCCAGCCUCGAUCGUUGUCUUUGUCCCAGGUUGCCUUUUCCUACGGAAAAGAUACAAAAUACUCGGCUUCGUUUGAAAUCGGUGUUCAAGGUCCUUCAUUGUCUGAUCACGUUGAUGUCGCCGGGGCUAUCUCGACGAAAAAGCCCCUCUUCCAGUUGAACCUUCGCGUCAAGUUUGAAACGUCGAGCCCCCACCGCCGAAUUCAAGAAGCCCUCACCGUCGAUUUAAACAACUCGACUACUCGAACAGGUGUUGAUCAAACCAUCGAACUUCUGUCGAUCACGCUUCGCUUGCUAUUGGCCUUUGACCAGAUUUCUUCUCUCUCAGCGGAAUCCUCUAUUGUGAUCGUCACCGUGCGCAAGCCGACCGAAUACUUGAUCCACUACCCUAGACUCAAGUCUCGCUUCCAGCUCAGCAUACAAACUCACGGAGACAAGUCGAUUUGGCUACUGAGAGACGCGAAUGGUAUGGACCAGUCAGGCCGUGAUCAAGUCGUGGCUGCAACAAAAGAGAAGAUCUAUCACUCAAAAGGCGACGGCUGGACCGGUCUAGGAGACGGUGCCAAAGCCAGCAUCGCCAAGAUUGGAAACCUUGUUCUUGCGUUGCACGAGUGCAUGAACACCCCCAAUCUUCAACUCGAUGAGAUCGAGGUCAAACCCCAGCAGGCCCCAGAGCAACAGACACACGCCCCAUCAAUCCCAGCGCCGCAACCUAUGGGCAUUGGGGCUUCCGAUGUCAUCACGAUUGACUAA